AUGGAGACGUCGACAUACUCUGGUGAUGGUCCAGAUCGUCUCCCCCUUAAUCGCUGGUUUAGGGAGAUUGACAUCGCCAUAGCGUCAAGGUUGAUUGACGCUCCGACGGCCAAGGUUAAUUUCCUACUGUCUCGGCUUGUUGGUAAAGCCAAAGAAUGGGCUCUUGGGAAGCUCGUUGUAAACGAGUUGGCAUUCCCCACGCUGGACGAUAUCCAGAGCGACUUACGACUGGCGUUCGAGCCCCCUCAAGAUGAGUCACGCUUGCGCGCAGAUUUCUUUUCACUUCGACAGGGCAAGCUGUCGAUGCGUGAUUACGUACAGAAGACGCGACAUCUUGCUUCGUGUAUCAUCACGCAGCCGAUCGACAUGGCGUCUCAAGUUCAUGUCUUUGUCUUUGGUAUGCAAGAGGGCAUGACCCGCUAUUGCCUCACACGUGCUGAACCUAAGACUCUUGAGGAGGCAUUUGCCCUCGCGCUUCGUGAAGAUUACACGGUCGCAUCGUCAUAUUUGCAGGCAGCGUCGCAACGCCCGCGUACGUCUGGCCCAGAGCCUAUGGAAAUUGACGUUAUCGAUGCAUCUCGUGGUCGCGGCAAGCAAUUUGGCCGCGACAUUCGAAGUCAAAACACGAUGAAGUGUUAUCGGUGCGGCAAGACUGGCCAUCGUGCGGCCGUCUGCCGAUCACCUGCGCCGGUGUCCAUGAACACAAGUGACUUACGUGGAGAUACUGUGUCGUCCGUGGUCCCGCCAAGAAAUGAGCGGUUCCAGUAG